AUGACCACUACCUCUCCAUAUUCCUCCCUUUCACUCAUUGCCAUUUUCUUCUUAUCUCUAACAGCUUUUGGGGCUAAUACUAUUCACCCGGACGAAAAGGAAGCUCUUAAAGAUAUAGCUAAAUCACUUGGGAAGAAGGAUUGGAACUUUGAUAUUGAUCCCUGCAGCAACAAACCUAACUGGGUUACCACUCCCAUACCCAAAGUCUUAGAAAACAAUGUUACCUGUGACUGCUCUGUUGCUGGUGACAACUUCUGUCAUGUUGUUUCAGUAAUUUUGAAAGGGCAAAAUCUACCCGGCACUCUCCCACCAGAACUGACGAGGUUGCGUUAUCUUCAAAAUAUUGACCUCUCUCGCAAUUACUUAAAUGGUACAAUUCCAAAGCAAUGGGGCUCCAUGAUGAGUAUCAGUAAAAUUGCCCUCCUUGGAAAUCGAUUAACGGGUUCAAUACCAGCUGAGAUUGCAAACAUUUCUACUCUCCAAAUUUUGGAGUUGUGGAACAAUCAAAUGUCUGGAAAUCUCCCCCCUGAGCUUGGAAAUUUAACCCAGAUUCAAACACUGCGAUUUUCCUUUAACAAUUUUUCUGGAGAACUACCUGCAACAUUGGCCAAGCUCACUACAUUGCAAGAUUUCCAAAUUUCGGACAACCAAUUCUCAGGACAGAUACCUGAUUUUAUCCAGAACUGGAGAAAUAUCAAUACACUAAUCAUUCAAGGGAGUGGAUUAAGUGGGCCAAUUCCUUCCAAAAUUUCACUUUUGAGAAACUUAAUUGACUUGAGAAUUAGUGAUUUGAAUGGAUCUGAAUAUGCACCUUUGCCACAACUUAAUAAUAUGACAUCGUUAAGCAAACUGAUUCUAAGGAAUUGCAACAUCAAUGGAGCACUACCCGACCUCGGGACUAUGAAAACAUUGAAAUACUUAGACUUCAGCUUUAACAAAUUCAGUGGAACAAUUCCGAAUGCCUAUGCUGACAUAAACAGUGUGGAAUUCAUAUGUUUAACUGGAAACCUUCUCACUGGACUGAUGCCUUCUUGGAAAAAGGACAUCUUCGUAGAUCUUUCAUACAAUAACUUCAGCAUCAACCAAGAAAUUCAGAUAUGUCCAAGUGAUAAAUUAAACUUGUUUUCUAACUCAUGGGCAAACAAUGACAUAGGAGCAGUCUCGUGUUUGAGCGAAUGUCGCAAUCCCUCAUACUCCCUUUAUAUAAAUUGUGGUGGAAAGCAAGAACAAGUCAAUGGAGAAAGUUAUGAUGAUGAUUCAGAUUCACCUGGACCAGCUAAACUCCAUGUCAGUCCAACAGGAAAAUGGGCAUUUAGCACCACUGACGAUCAAACGUAUGCUAGUCUUGGAAGACGUGUAUUUGAUAUCUACCUACAGGGAAAGCCGGUGCAAAAGGACUUUAAUAUUGCAAAAGAAGCAGGAGGAGUUGGUAAGGAAGUCAUAAAACAGUUCAAAAAUAUUUUUGUUAACAGUAGUACCUUGGAGAUCCGUUUGUAUUGGGCUGGAAAAGGGACACAGUUUCUCCCAAAUAGAUCAGUAUACGGUCCUCUUAUAUCAGCUAUAUCAGUGGAAUCUGACUCUCCACCUGGAAGCCUAUCUGCAAGAGCUGUGGUUGGAAUUGUGGUUGCAGCAGCAGUUAUUAUCAUUCUAGUAUUUGGUAUACUUUGGUGGAAAGGAUGUUUUGGAAAGAAAAAAACAUUAGCAAGAGAGCUGAGGAGUUUGGACGUUCAAACGGGUUUAUUUACCUUAAGACAAAUCAAAGCAGCUACAAAUAACUUUGAUAUUUCCAAUAAGAUUGGAGAAGGAGGAUUUGGUCCCGUGUAUAAGGGAUGUUUACCCAAUGGGACAUUGAUAGCAGUAAAGCAACUUUCUUCUAAAUCAAAGCAAGGGAAUCGUGAGUUCUUAAAUGAAAUAGGCAUGAUAUCUGCUUUGCAACAUCCUUAUCUUGUUAAACUCCAUGGUUGUUGUGUGGAGGGAGAUCAAUUGUUGCUGAUAUAUGAAUACCUGGAAAACAAUAGUCUAGCUCGUGCUUUAUUUGGUCCAGAGGAACACCAAAUUAAAUUAGAUUGGCCAACUAGGCAGAAGAUUUGUGUUGGUAUUGCUAGAGGUUUAGCAUACCUCCAUGAAGAAUCAAGACUGAAGGUUGUUCACAGGGACAUCAAGGCCACCAAUGUAUUGCUUGAUACAAAUCUUGACCCAAAGAUAUCUGAUUUUGGUUUGGCAAAGCUUGACGAGGAGGACAAUACUCACAUUAGUACGAGAAUUGCUGGUACCUAUGGAUAUAUGGCUCCGGAAUAUGCAAUGCAUGGUUAUUUGACGGACAAAGCAGAUGUCUAUAGUUUUGGAAUUGUUGCCUUGGAAAUCGUUAGUGGAAAGAGCAACACCAUGUUUCGAUCAAAGGAGGAAGCAUUCUAUCUUCUUGAUUGGGCACAUUUGUUGAAAGAGAGGGGUGACCUAUUGGAGCUAGUUGAUAGAAGAUUAGGUUUAGAUUUCAACAAAAAGGAAGCUAUGGUGGUAAUCAACGUGGCUCUCCUAUGCACCAAUGUCACUUCAAACCUUAGACCCUCCAUGUCGUUGGUGGUAAGUUUUCUUGAAGGAAGGACUGUGGUACCAGAAUUUGUUUCAGAUUCAAGUGAAGUAAUGGAUGAAAAGAAGUUGGAAGUAAUGAGGCAGUAUUACUAUCAGAUGGAAGAAAAUAAUUUAAGUACCACCUCACAAAGUCAGAGUAUAUUAAAUGACGGGCCAUGGACUGCCACAUCUUCAUCAGCUGUAGACCUUUAUCCUGUUCACCUUGAUUCUUCCUAUUGGGAGGAAAGAAAUUAA